AUGACUGCUCGUGGAACUCGUGGUCGGGGUAUUCGGCGCGGUGGACGUUAUAGAGAUCGAGAGAGAGGCAAGAAUACAAGGGAUUUGGAGCCCUCUAGUUCUUUUUUGAAGCCUAAGAAACGGGCCAGACCUAAUGGGCCUAUUAGAGCGGGGGUUCCUAUUACUCCUACUGGGAUUCAGCCUUGUGGUGACUGUGGCAUAGGUUCUACACACUUCUAUGUAGCUAGUACUAUUUUCGAGAACUUGGGGAUUUCUGUUGAGUGUACUUCUGGUGAGAUUACUGUUUUGACUUCGUUGGGACAACCUGUUCGAGUAAAAAAACUUUAUAGGAAUGUUCCGUUGGAAGUACAAGGGACUAUAUUUCUGGCAAAUCUGAUGGAGCUAGCAUUUGGAGAGUUUGAUUUAACUCUGGGUAUGGACUGGUUAGUUGAGCACCGAGUUAGCUUGGAUUACGUGACUAGGAGGGCAGUUCUGAGGACCAAGGAUGAUACAGAAGUGGUUGUGAUUGGCGAGCUUCGAGAUUACCUGUCUACUGUAAUCUCUGUUCUAGUGGCUAAUAAAUUGGUUCGAAAAGGGUGUGAGGUGUAUUUGGCUUACGUCAGUGUUUCAGUUUUUGAGGACUCUUUCGUUGGGGAUAUCAAAAUAGUGAGGGAAUUUUUGGAUGUAUUUUCUGAGGAGUUAUCGGGUUUACCUCUAAAUCAAGAAGUUGAGUUUGGCAUUAAGCUCCUACCGGGUACUGCUCCAGUGUCUAUCGCUCCUUAUCGUAUGGCACCGAAGGAGCUUAUAAAGCUUAAGGUUGAACUUCAAGAGCUUCUGGAUUGUGGUUUCAUCCGUCCCAGUGUGUCUCCAUGA